GCUUUAUAGUUUUGGAAGUUCUUCAGUCUUCACAGUACUUAAGUUGACAUGGGAGAAGCUCAGGAAGUGCAACUCCACAUCAUGGUUGAGGAAGCUAAAGAACCAAAUAGUGAUCUGAAUACAAAUAUGACAAACCAAUCAACAGUUCCUCAACAAAUUAAUUACAAAUGGUGGCUGAGAAUAGCUCUUUACAUUCUCAUAGUCCUUGUUGGCCAGACAGUGGCAUUACUUUUGGGAAGAUUGUACUAUGUUAAAGGAGGCACAAGCAAAUGGGUUGGAACAUUAAUGCAAGUUGCAGGUUUCCCAGUUCUCCUUUUCUUCUACUGCUUUUCAGCUUUCAAAAAUUCCACCGCAAACAAUCUUCAAACACAACCUAGAUUUUCUUUUAUUAUUGUAUCAGCUUAUGCCUUAAUAGGCCUAAUCACUGCGGCAAAUUGCUUUCUGCUUUCAACUGGGAUGCUAUAUCUUCCUGUUUCUACUUACACUCUCAUCUCAGCCUCCCAGUUAGGCUUCAAUGCUUUAUUCUCCUUUUUCCUUAAUUCACAGAAGUUCACUCCUUUAAUCAUCAAUUCUCUGGUGCUUCUCACCAUCUCCUCUAUCCUUCUCAUGUUUCAAAAUGGCUCUGGAGACCUCUCUGGAGUCUCUAAAGUGAAGUUUGCUAUUGGUUUCAUAUGUACUCUUGGUGGAUCAGCAGGGUGCGGAUUGAAUCUUUCCUUAACACAGCUUUGUUUUCGGAAGGUUUUCAAGAGAGGAACAUUUAUGGAGAUUAUUGAUGUUAUAUUCUAUACUUCAAUGGUUGCAACUGGUGCUUCACUGGUGGGACUUUUUGCUAGUGGAGAAUGGAAAAGUUUAAGUAAAGAGAUGGAAUUGUAUGAACUUGGGAAGGUGGCCUAUGUGAUGACUAUUGUUUGGGCUGCUAUAGCUUGGCAGGUUUUUACUGUUGCCCUUGUAGAAUUGAUGGUUGAGGUGUCUUCACUGUUUUGCAAUUCCAUAAGUGUUUUAGGCUUCCCUGUUGUUCCAGCUUUGGCUGUGGUGUUUUUCCAUGACAAAAUGGAUGGAGUGAAGGUGAUCUCCAUGGUAUUGGCUAUUUGGGGCAUUAUUUCUUAUAUCUAUCAGCAAUAUUUGGAUGAAUCCAAGUCCGAGACAGAUCCCAGAAUGGCCAAUGAAGUUUCCGAAGCUUUCCCUUCUGGCAUUCAAAUAGUUGAUAGAGACUAACCAUGAAUAAUUAAUGCAGCACUUUUCAAGUAGUAUCUUAAAAGUUUUUUUUUAUCUCAAUUGAUCGUCUUCAUGACAUAUCAAAUAAGAUGAAAAUUUUAGAACAUAUUAUUCAUGAAUCAUGCAAGAUUUCUAUUACAAAAUUCAACCAUUCCAUAUAAAAUUAUCACUUUUAGUCCCUUCCCCACUUCUUGCUAAAUGGGUAGUGAUAAAUCCAAGAAA